AUGAAAUUCCCCUGGUCCCACACGACGAUUGUCGAUAUGAUAAAAAAUGACCAUAAAGUGGAAGAAAAGUGUCGCCAAGUUACAACCGAUAUUGUUUCGGGCAAGCUAAACAUAGCGGAGUUUGUUGAAGAGCUAGGGCCAGCACUGACUCACACCGAUGCUUCGAUACGUGCCAAGGGUACUACACUUCUGUCCAAUGUGCUUACGGACCUACCAGCGGACUGUCUUAGUGCGAGCCAGGUGGAACUGCUAUGUACGUUUUAUAUCGAUCGUUCGCUAGAUCACAAUAGCGUUACACCGAUGGUUCUGGCAGGCAUUGAAGCACUGACGCACAUGAGCAACUUCCCCGAUGGUGCGGCAGUCCGAUUGCUGAGAGCCCUGUUUGAGCGUGUUCCGUGCCAAAGCCAGAAAAAGCCGGAACGUACGCUCUACUUCCGCGCGGUCAUAACGCUUUCCAAGCAGAAAACGCCCGAACUGAAGGAGUGGGGUGUAGAUUUCGUGUAUGGUGUAAUCGGUGCAAUCGAGGGAGAACGUGAUCCGCGCAAUUUGUUGUAUUUGUUUGAGCACAUGCCAUCGUUUAUUCGGACAUACCCAAUGUUUCAUCUAGCGGAGGAAAUGUUCGAAACGUUCGCCUGCUACUUCCCGAUCGAUUUUCAUCCCAACCCGAAUGAUCCGGUAGCGAUAACGAGGGAAACGCUCGCAGAACUACUGGGCAACUGUCUGUGCGCAACGCCCGAAAUGGCCGAAUUUGCUGUGCCCCUUUUGUUGGAGAAGCUUGAUAGCAGCCUAACCAUGGCAAAGUUGGAUUCGCUUGCAUUGCUUGCACGCUGUUUGGAGCUGUUGGAUGUUGCAAAAAUCGAGGAACAUCAUGAUGAGCUGUGGAUUGCGCUGAAGAAGGAACUCUUUCCGAUCGGUACGACAUCCACUGCCGAAAAGGAACUGCUCGAUGCCGCUUACGCGACGGUAGAAAGACUGGUAAAAAAUGCUACCAGCAGCGAAUCUACCGUGAAAGCUCUCCUCGAUAAGAUUCUGCUCAGCGUAAUGGGAGGACUGACGGAUGCAAGAUCCAAACAGUUCGAACCGAGCCUGUGUGUGGAGCUGAGCUGUGCAAAGGCUAGUGAUUACUGUGCCGUGUACGUUAUAGAGAAGCUGGUACCGAUGUUACUCGCUCAGUUAAACACCGACGAACAUAUUGAGUCUCGCGUAGCAAACGUACUGGUCGAUGCGAUACAACGCUUGUGUGCCGUUUGUUCCUAUUGGUAUUGUAUACACAAGCUCGAUGUCGGUAUCGUGGGACAGAUGCAUAAAAAGUUAGUCGAAAUAGUGCUACAAGAAGCGGAUUCAAGCGAACAAAAACGAUCGGCACUAAUGGCACUUGCCGCUGUCCCCGAAAUGGUAACGAGCGAAAAUCGGUACGUGGUGUACAGCACGAUCGUAAAAAUUCUGUUAAAUGCUGGAGAUAAACCGAUGCAAACGAUUGCUGCGGUCCAGGAUUGUUUAUUCUCGUUCGCCAUCCGGUACCAGCAGGAGGUGAAAACGGUCGUGCUAGAAAAAUUUAUCACAAACGAUUAUGCCACGGUUGAAUCAUCGAUCGUACAGCUGGUGUUUAAAACGUUGGGGAAAUUCCUGCUUUACCAUGGUUACAUGGAUAAAAUGUUGAAAUUUUUCCUAUCAAAAAUAUUUGAUCCAGAAAAUGGCAAGCUCUCUAUCGUUGCCAUGGACACGCUAACAGAUGUGGUAGAGAGUGGUUAUUCGACGCAACUAGCUAAAGCGGAGCUCUAUGUGCAGUACAAGCUGAUCGACCGGUUCUUUGAGUAUAGCAGCGAUCGCCUAAGUUCGGAGUAUCUCCACGCAAUGGCACGCCUUAUCGGUGCCGUAGUGAAACAGCUCUCUGUGGAAGAUCAGCACGAAUUGAUACUGAAUCGAUUGCCAUCAUUGCAGCUACAACGGCGUCCGGAUCUAUAUUUAGCUUCCGGAUUGCUUGGUUACCUCGAUCAAAGCGUACCACUGGUGGAUCACUUCGAAAAUCUCGUUACCGAUCUAAGCAAGCUGGCACUUGAAUCCGACGACGCAAAGGUACGAGAUGUUUGUAAUCGACUCUUGUGCAGCUUGUUCAAUCGCAUGCCGGAUGAUGAACAUCAUCGUGGUGUGCUGAAACGGCUGCUGAAAACCAUCCGGACCGAACUGAAAAAACACAACCAUCAGGCAGGGAUCAUACUGGCAUGGAUCGGCAAGGGAUUGAUUGCGCGGGGCCAUGCGGAAGCAGGUGAAAUCGUAGACGACAUUGCGGAUCUGCUCGAUCAUCCCACCCUGGCGCAUGUUGCGGCACUAGCGUUUGAGAUACUGUCGAUUGAAUUCCCACAGCUACAUCUACCCCUGUUGCGCAAUCUGUUUAAGCAAAAGCUCUUUGUGUGGGUAAUGAACAAGCUGGAGAAAAGGAUGGAACAGUACGCGGUAUCCCAUCUGAAGGCACUGGCAUUCGUGCUUACGGCGACACCACAUGCGGUACUGAAGAUGAACCUAUCGAAGGUUGGUCCGGUACUACUGAAAUGUCUCGCACAGGAUGAUGACAAAACGAUACUGGAAGCAUUAACGAUCGUGCUGCGUUUCACGCGCGAUCACGACCCAUUCAUACAGGAUCAUCUGCAAACGUUGAUACCGCUGCUGCUUAAGCUGACUAUACGGGAUUCAUCUAUGAAAAUACGCAUCGAUGCACUCGAAUGUAUGCUGUACGUGUGCAAAUAUCCUACGUUUUUGUUGCUUCCCUUUAAGCAAAGUACACUACUAGCGCUACAGAAACCGCUGGACGACCGAAAGCGCUUGGUGCGAAAUGCGGCCGUUGCUACACGUCUGCAGUGGUUUGUGGUAGGCAGCACGGAGGAAGCGAAAACCGACAAGUGA